CACUGAUUGGCCGUUCAGUCCGUGAUUGUCGGACAACUGGACCAAUAGUUAUACGCGAAAUAAAGAUCUCGAUGACGUCAUCAGUCAGCGCCAAGAACCUUGCGUCCCACGUGUGGGGAGGAACGUUAUAAGGUUGGAAUUUAAUGUUUUAGGCCAGUGGAGCUGAGAAGAUGGCAGGACGGGGGAGGGGUGCGGGCCGCGGGCAGAUGACAUUUAAUGUUCAGGCCAUUGGCAUUGGAAGGGGUGAAACAUUGCCCCCACCCACCCUUCAGCCUCCCCCUUUGUUCCCUGCCUUAGACUUCAAGCCGGUGCCUCUACAGACGGGGGAGGAGGUUGAAUACAUGCUGGCCUUAAAACAGGAGCUAAGAGGAGCCAUGAAGAGCCUCCCUUAUUACAUCAAACCAGCAGCACCCAAAAAAGAUGUGGAACGAUACUCUGAUAAAUAUCAGACGUCUGGACCUGUUGACAAUGCCAUCGACUGGCACCCCGAUUGGACUCUUUUGCCUCGGGAGCUGAAGAUCAAAGUGAGGAAGAUACAGAAAGAAAAGUCCACCAUCAUUCUUCCAAAACACAAGCAGAGGGUCCCGCUGGAUAAGGAAGAAAUAAUUAAGAAGCUGGAGAACCUAGAAAAGAAGGAAGAGGAGAUCAGCUCUGAGGAGGAGGAAGAGAAGAAAGAAGAGGAAGAAGAGAAGGAAGAAGAGGAAGAGUAUGAUGAAGAGGAGCAUGAGGAGGAGACGGAUUACAUCAUGUCCUAUUUUGACAACGGUGAAGAUUUUGGAGGAGACAGUGAUGACAAUAUGGAUGAAGCGACCUACUGAAGCCCUUCCCUCGCCCUAUCUGUAAUGGACUAAUGGCAGUGGAUUUCAUCCACAGCUCAAGACGAUUUUAUUAAGUUUUUUUUUACAUGGUUUUAAUGUUAUUUUAUACAGAACUUUUAAAAUUUUUAAAUCCAUUCCCACAUGUUUUUUUCAUACACCAUUGAGGCAAGAAUUCAAAUCUAUGGACUGUAAAAUACUUUUAUUAUUCUCUGCCUAUGUAACUUCUCUUCCUAAACUUAAACCACACUAAAUCCAACCAAGUAGGGAAAAACAAGAAGCACUCACCAAUGUAUGGCAAUAAGACAAGGGUCC